UUUCUGGAAGGAAAGCAUGAAGCAACAACGGGACGGUUUUCCAUAGUUGAAUUUAACUGCGAAAAGCCAGUUCAAUGUGCCGAAACAAAUGAGUGGAUAACGCAAUGACGCUAGAAAACAAACAAAAUCUUUCAGGCCGGUGACAAUCAGUAGCAGUAUAUCAUCGAUUAAUGUUUAGCAUCAACGUGCCUAGAUAGGUCGCACUGUGACAAGGAAAUACCUUUCUACCGAUUCAUAUGUUAUUUGUUAUCAUCCCGAAACGGGGAGCAUAGGAAAUAGUUUGUUGAUGUUGUUUGAGAACAAAAAAAAAGCAUAUUCGUGUUAGCCGUGUUAUAUUCAGAGUGCCUCUAUAUGAUUUACUUGUAAGUGAAGUGGAAGAAAAAUCUAACCAAAUCGAUGUAAAUGACGAAAGCAAACACAACAAACACAUCCUCCCGAUCUUAAGCUGAAAAGUAGAAGAUCAGCCUCGUUUGAUAUGAUAACACGGUGGACGAGUAUGAUGGCGUAGAGCUCCGUGAUCAAUGGUUUGGUCGUGCUGGUUUGCUGAAGAUGAAUGUGGUAACCUAAAUUUAAGCUACUUCACCAAGACUGCCACUGUGAGCGGAUUAUACUUUCGAUAUUGCUAACAAUUGAUUACACGCCAGUUUGCCCAACGAAUGCACACGGCAGUAGGUAACCACAACUGCCUUCAAUACGACUGAUAACUGAGACUGGAACUACGUGACGAUUGCACGCCCGCUGCCAAUGCAGUUCUUAUCGAAUAAUUUGUACAAAAAUCGCUCGAGUUAUUAACACGAAACAACGAUCAGCUCAACAAUAUAAUCCCGCGAUUGUACGGGAUAUUGCGUAGCAUUUAUUAGUUGCGUGUUUGGUUGAGGAGAGAGACGAUAAACGAAGAACGGUUCAGCAAAAUCAAAGGCUGCCUUUAAACAUUAACGCCUCUCUGGCUAAUCCCCGGGAUCGAUCGUUGUAGGAUCGCUUUCGGACGGGUAUCACAUCAGCGCAUUACCGAUGAAUCAGCAAUACUUUCAUCAAAAGUUUGAUGACUUUCACAGCAGUGGACCGAGACCACCCGUGCCCGGAGAGGAAAGCCGUCGGAAGAUGACGGAAACGUCACAUUCGGAUCGAACGCGGGACGGUUCGCCCCCGGCAUACGUUCGAUGGGCCCAGAAACUUGCCUACCUGCUGGAAGAUGGCGACGGGGCCGAACUGUUUAAGCGCUACGUUGAGCUGGAAGGCGAGGAACCCUCGAAUCGGCUCAAGUUUUACUUUGCCUGCGAAGGGCUCAAGCAACAAACGGAUCCGGACAAGGUAACGCAACUGAUCGGUGCCAUCUAUCGGCGGUUUCUCAAGAAGGCCCAGCCCGGUUCCGAGCUGUACGUGAACGAGUCGCUGCGAAACUUCAUAAAGGCAGGUCUCAAGAAUGAACUGGAGCUUACGCCGGACAUCUUUGACCAGAUGCAGGCCGACGUGGCGAACAUUAUUGCCGAAACGACCUAUCCGCACUUUCUGCAGUCCGACCUGUACCUGCAGUAUGUGCAGAACAUGCAGAGUUCGAGCAGCAGCAGCAGUGUGAUCGGUAGCGGAAGCAACUGUAGUCUCGCAGCGGCAGCAGUGCCUUCAACGAGCGGUGGAGCCGGUUCCUCCGUAGCCGGAAUAUCGCACGGUGGAGCUGGAGGUAGUGGUAGCAGUGCCGGUGCCGGUGCAUCCUGUUCUCUGACGAGCAGCAGUUCCACCUCCGAGCUGUUCCUGCAUAGUUCAUCUGCUCUACCAACUGUGCACGAGGAUGCGGAACUGGCCAAUGCCGAUUCGAUCGAACAGCUGUACGGUGCUACCGGGCCGGGUUUAGACAGUCAUAUGGCGUUGGGAGCGCCGCCGCUUGUACCACCCAGCGCGACGGGUUCAACAUCCACCUCUAAGGUACCGAUGACACUGACAAAGGAUGCACUGAUGGCGACACAGAAACGACGGCUCGAGAUGAGACCACCCGGACCUCGCGGCUACUCCGUGUACACCGCCUAUGCAUCCUAUAAUCCGGUAUCGCGACGAGACUCAGAACUGGCCAGUCUGAGUUCCGGCCGUACCGAUUCCGAUACGAUGUCUCUCUCGAGCAUAUCCACUGAUGGACGGCCACAUUCGCAAAGAAAAAAACCUUAUCAUAACCAUUCGUCCAUUGAGCGAAGAAUGAUGCGUGAAAAUGCCUUAACCAACGAAGAAGUCGAUACGUUUUCGAUUAUUCCGAGGACCCAUCGGCAGACGCAGAAGCAACCACCACCGAUGGAGUUUGCUAAAAUUCUAAUCAACAAGUUGGAGAACGUAGCCCGUGAGCAGGAAAAGGAUGAAGUGUUGUGUAAAAAGAUGCAGGAGGCCGAACUGUCCGAUCGAUCGCAGAAUAAGGUGCUCGCUGAUGCCAUCCGACAGAAGCUGCAGGUAGACGAUGAUAAUGAUCAGGACAUUCUGGAUCAACAUGUGUCCAGGGUGUGGUCGGAUUUAACGCCAAGCCGUUCACCGGGCACCAUGUCACCGUGUCCACCGAACGUUAUCGGUUUACGGUCCCGCCGUAACGAGCUGGCCGGCUUGGGAGCACAAUCUAUGCGUCAUUCAAAAUCGAUGCCAGAAGGACAUCCGCUGAUGGGACCACCGAUGCAACCAAUGCCAAUGCAAAUGUCUUCCGGAUCGCGCAAGCUUUAUAACAAAUGGCCAUCGGUCAAUACGGACAGUGGUAUCAGCCUAUUCUCGACCGACACGCUGACGAAACACAGCAGCAGCGGUGGCGGUAGUCGUGGAGAGUUGAGUCUUGGGAGCAGUUCGCGUCCACUGUCGCGCAACAUGCAUUCGGACAUGCACACUGCAACGCUGCUGCAGGAAUCAAGCCGCCGAUUGGAGGAUGAAACGCGACGAUCGAAGCGAUAUCAGUAUCCACCUAGUGCAAUACAGAGCAUGCCAUUACCGCCGGUUCCGAUGCCAUCGUCGGGUGGUUUCAGUACCAACCUUCCACCGACCAUGCCACCACCACCAAUACCUGCCAAACCACUUCAGGCCCCGAACGAGUUCACCAUCGUGGUGUACUCGUUCUGUGAUGAGGAGGUCCCGUACAGGAUAAAGAUUCCCGGUACGCAACCACCGACACUGAAACAAUUCAAGGAUUAUCUACCCAAGAAGGGAAACUAUCGAUUCUUCUUUAAAACGCGCUGCGAAGACCUGGACAAUCCUGUCAUUCAGGAGGAGGUGAAUAGCGACAGUGAACCCUUGCCGCUGUUCGAGGGCAAGGUUAUGGGUACCGUCAAACCUUCGGAGUAGAUUUACUUUCGAAAGCAAUAGUACCAGAUAAGGCGAAAUAGGUAACGCAGAGCAUGGCAGACGUCUUUGUCUGGUCUGUUGGUGCAGUUGGUCAAUUCUAGAAAGAUUUGAUCAUCCGAGUUUUUAGUCUUCUCGUUCGCGAGUGAGGAAUGUGUGGCUUCCAUUAGCAUUAAGAGGAGGAUGGCAGCAAAGCGCAUAGAAUGUUUACAUAGAAGUCAGAGGGUAAAAUCACAGAGGGUCACAGGGAGGUCACACAAUAUGCCAAUAGUGCCUUCUGGUGUGCCCGCAUCAGCUAUAUAAUAUACAUCACUGCGUAUUAAAAAAAACUGAACAAUGAAAAGCAAUCAUCAAAUUGAACAAAGCCCUGUUUUUAUCAUUUUCGCGUAGAUUUGGCAAAUUUUAUGUUGAGUGGGUGGUAAUAAGCUAGGGUGAAGAUAGAAUGGUCUGAUAGUUGGGUGACAGUGUAUUGUAAUUAAUGCAACAGUGGAAUUACCACCAAAAGAUGAUACACUGCAAUCGAAUGUAACGCGAGACGAGAGCAAAUGAAAUCAAAUCGAAAGUAUCAGUAUUUUGACGCGUUUUGAGUUUUUUUUUUUUUUGGUAGGAGAAAGGGAAGAUAGUAAUAAUACUAGUAAUCAAAAAUACUAGACAAUGCGAUGUAGAGCUAUAUUUUCCACAACACAUGUAUCGCAUCACACAGAUUCUGUUAAGCACAGGAAGUUAAUACAAUUGUAUUUGAGCUGUGUAGGAUUUAUUCCGCCGAAUCGAGCAUAAAUUAGUUCUUCCAUGGUAAGCAAGCAAUGAAACUUACGUUCGGGAGCAAAGCAGCGCGCUGGUCAGGGAAAGUGUGAAGUGUUUAAUGGUGAAUGUCAUGGCGCCAUGCACACAUCAACGAUCAACGGCCGAAACCACCGCUCCUUAUCACUUAAUUGUACCAUAGUUGUUUUAUUCGCUAGUGUUACAAUUAAUGACCGUUUCAGGUCGUGCACAUAUAAGCAAGUAUAAUAGGUUAGUUUUAUUGCAAUUGAUUGGAGUUUCUUUUACGAUUCGUUUUACCACACUCUGUAUAUGUAAUGCAUUGAGAGAGAAAGAUAGAGAGAGUGGGAGAGAAAGAUGCAUGUACAUAAGAGGGCAUCAUAGUCAUAGAUUUUUAUUCGUUCCUCUGCCAUUAAUUGAUCUUACCACGCGUCCAGUCCCAUUCUUCACCUCUGUUUACUUAGCUUCACGCUAGCCUUAUUGUAGUAAAGCGACAAACGAAGUCACCACACUCGAGCAAGGAUGAAGACCGAUGAAGGAUAAUAAAUUGUCGAAAACAAAUGAUACGGUAGUGUUAACGAGAAUUGAUGGUGAAGCGAAAACGAGCUAUAUAAAUGCACGUAUGUAUAUUUAUAAGCUAAUAUAUAUAUAUACAUAUACACGACUGUAAUAGGGAAGUAAAAGAUUAGUGGA